AUCUUCGACAAAUUGUCACGAAAAACAGCAAACUUUUCAUUCUCGGUCGGUUUGUGAAAUCGCUAGAGGAACGAUGGCCAACGUGAACCUUGCUUCGGUUGUGCUCCGAAAUGCCCUGCGCACGAAGGUGGGAGUGCGUCAGUCCCACGACAUGAUCUCGCAGAAGAUCGGCAAGCGGGAGGUUGUCGGACACGGCUGGAACGGCCUGCCGGUCUACGCCGACCGCGUUGACUUCCCAAUGCCGGCGAUCCGCUUCAAGGAGGACACCCGCGACAUUCUGGCUCUGCGCGAGAAGGAGAAGGGUUGCUGGAAGAAGCUGUCCGUCCAGGAGAAGAAAGCCCUUUACCGUGCGUCGUUCUGCCAGACGUUCUCGGAGAUGAAGUACCCCACCGGCGAGUGGAAGGCCGCCCUCGGUGCCAUCCUGAUCGUGUCGUCGAUGAGCCUCUGUGGCAUGCUGCUGCUGAAGGCAUUCGUCUACGAUCCGAUUCCGGAGACGUUCGAUGAGGAACACCAGAAGGCCCAGCUGAAGCGUAUGCUGGACCUGAACAUUAACCCCAUCCAUGGCGUUUCGUCCAAGUGGGACUACGAUAACAACAAGUGGAAGUAAGCGGUGCGGCUUUUGGUGUCGAAUUGUAAAGCUUAAAAGUAAUUAAAAUCCGUGAUCGGCCCAUCGGUUCCGGUCAGCUGUUGUGCGCGCGCUUGUUGGGCUAAUAAAUAUCAGUGAACCCUCUA